UUUGAUUUCUCUUUCUUCAUGUCAUUCAGGUGUGUCUCCCACAUGCACUGCAUGUUCCUUGAUGAACAUUUUCACUUAGUAGCCGUGUGGUUGUUCUUGGUAUUAUUUUAGAGCAGCUUCAUAGAAUUACUGUAAUUAUUUAAAGUCUAAACAAAUUUUGUCUGAACAAUCGUUAACUAUGCAAAAACAUACCACCAAAAUUUUUUGAGUAAUAAUGGCAAUAUGGCAUCAUUUUCAACAGGCUUCCUGAACUAAGGGGUAAAAAGAUUAAGUUUUUAAAAGUAGCUACACAGACUUUAGACAUAGUUACAAGUUAUAAGUCGAAGCAUAAAUGUAUGACGAGUUAUAUAGUAGUGUAUGCUACUGUAACUGUCAAGUAUUGCAUACUAUGACCUUGUACUGUAUAAUAUUACUGGACGCUAUUAUAACGUAAACCUCACAAAGUUUCCCUUCAUCUUUGUAAACAUUAUUAUAGACAUAGAUUGAACCCAAAACCUUGUUUUAACUCCGUACCUAAUAUUCUUAUAGUUUAGUUUUGUACAGUCAUUCUUGAAGAAAUAAUUAAAGAAAGAAAUCUAUGGCAGAAAAAAGUAUUUGUAUUGUUUUGCCUUCCACAGUCUGCAGUGAGAGUAAAUAAAAUACAAAAGCAGCUGUGGAUACAACCCAGUGUUUAAUUACACCUGAAUUGAACUCUGUUGAUUUCACACUGUAGCUGUUUCUUCUACACUGCUCUUUUAAUUCUGUAAGUGUUGAAUGAAAGCUUUUAUUGUUAUGAUAUACAUGAUGUACACAUGUGACUAGUACAACAAAGUUGUACUUUUUCUAUUUCUUUUUUUUUGUUUGUUUCUUUAAAGUUUAGUAGAAAACAAUGGUGGAGAGGCUUAAAAGUGCAUGGCUCAAGAGAAAGCAGUGGCAGCAGGUGAUUUUGAACUCUCAACUUUUUGAUGAGUAGCUUUAACAGUUGAUCCACUACAACCCCUAAACAGACCAACUAGCUUGCUAACUUUUUUUUUUUUCCCCUUUUUUUUUCUUUUUUUUUGUAAGGGCCUUCGCAGAGCAGUUCUACUGAGAUUUAUAGUAGAUGUUAAUUUAAAAAAAAAAAAAAAAAAAAAAAAAAACCUAAUAGAAAAAGGCAAUACAGCCAGCCUCAUUUAUGUAUAGUAUACAGUAGAGAGUGCUGUGUCUUGAAAAAUUAACCGCUACCAGCCAUGCUGUUCAAUCAGGUAGGAUUCUGCGCUUGCCAGUUGCCAAGUUCAUUUCCAGCUUCCUUACUUGACAGAAUUGAUCAAUAAAUAAAAAUGGAUUUUCUAACUGCCUUAAAGUUGUAGCACUCAGAAACUGUUUCCUUUCUAACACUUACUGGCAAAGCUUGUCUAUCACCUUUUGUCUAUCAUCUCAGGAUGUGUGUUGGAGGCUGCUAGCUGGGUGAGAGAGAAACUGAGCUGGGUUUUUCAGUCACAAAUAUAUCCAUCCGUCCAUCCAUUUUCCAUACUGCUUAUCCUACACAGGGUCAUGGGGAAGCCUGGAGCCUGUCCCAGGGAACUCGGUGCACCCUGCAACCAUGGGUGCAACCCUGGAUAGGGUACAAAUGCAUUACAGGGCACAACCGUACACAUACUCGCACAUUACAGACCAUUUAGAAAUGCCAAUCAGCCUACAAAGCAUGUCUUUGGACUUGGGGAGGAAACCAGAGUACACAGAGGAAACCCCCAGAGCACGGGGAGAACAUGCAAACUCUGCGCACACACAGGACGGAGGCUGGACUAGAACCCCCAGUCCCGGAGGUGCGAAACAAACGUAUAUUUUAAUUUUUUAAAAAAUCAAAAACCUAAUGACUGUAGAAAUACUUCAUUCCAUAUAAACAGACGGCCUGUCUAAUCACAGUACAAUGCAAGCAACAUCUAAAAAAGCUUUUGUCCUCCACAUAACUCUAGAGCUGAUUCAUCACUGUCGGUGGUCAGCAGUAGGUAGGUGUUCUUACUCCGCUGUAGGAAGAGAGGAAACGGAUGUGGGUGUUAAUUCGACACUGUGACAGUUGAAUCAAAGCUGAACGUUAACUCAGUAGGAUGUUGUAGGUGUUUCUUUCUGACGGUAGAGGUGUCGGUGGUGAUGGCGGCGCAGGUGGGCGGGGCUUAAUCACAUCACAGAGCAGCAGCAUCUUAAAGCUCAGCAGCAUCUCCACCACUGCGCAGCAUCACGGGGACCAGCACCAACACUCCAGCCUCACCCAGCCUCAACACAGCAUGAACUCAAAUUCCUAGAAAUCUUAAUCAUGAACGAUCGAGGUCGUGAGAAUUAAUUCAACGACUCGUCGUCUACUUUUCUGUCGAUUAGUACUUGUGUGUGUUUUUUUCCCCCCCGGACCGCACAAGACGCGCCCCAAGUCUUCAAAAUGGCCGAGAUCACCGAAAUACGAGCAGCGUACGAUAUGUCCCCUGUACUUGCGGGCUUCAUCGGCGCCGGCGUACUGGUGGUUGCAGUGGUGGCCUUAAUCUUUGUGUGGACAUGCUGCCAAAAACGCUACCGCAGGAUGAACCACAAGCUCCAUGGUGUCCAGACAGAGUGUGGUGACCCAUUGACAGACCCGCCUUACAAGUUCAUCCACAUGCUGAAGGGCAUGAGCAUCUACCCAGAGGCGCUGACCAGCAGCAAGAGAAUCGUGCGACUCGUGCGUCGAGCCGGCGGAAAUAGCGCUGAUGUUGAGCGAGAAGGCAAAGGGUGUCCUGUUGUGCUAGUGGACGUGGGGGCCGAGAAGAGUCCGAUGGCGACGCCUCAGUUUGAGGUAGGUGGUUUAGAUGAAAGCGCUCACCCAGCUCCACGACUAGAGAGGGAGCUUCCUGUUCACUCAGACUACUGCUGCCUGGAGAACAGCUCAAGCAGCUCAAGCUCAAGCACCACGGCAUCCAGCAGCGCCACGCCCUUCACGGACGAAGCCGAUCGCGGAACCCUCAGCCUCACCAUCGACUACAAUUUCCCCAAGAAGGCGCUUGUGGUGACUGUACUGGAGGCUCGAGGGUUACGUGCUGUGGAUAGCCAAGCAGGCAGUGCUGACCCUUACAUCAAGAUGACCAUCUUGCCUGAAAAAAAGCACAGAGUGAAGACCCGGGUCCUGCGCAAGACACUUGAGCCUGCCUUUGACGAGACGUUCACGUUUUACGGUGUGCCAUACAGCUCGGUGUCGGAGCUCACGCUGCAUUUCCUCGUGUUGAGUUUCGACCGCUUUGCUCGCGAUGAUGUGAUCGGCGAGGCAUUGGUGCCACUGGCUGGUGUGGAGCUCAGCACAGGCAAAGUGCAAAUCACACAGCCAAUCAGCAAGAGAAGCAUGCAGUGCGUGAGCCGUGGGGAGCUGCUGGUGUCUCUGUCGUAUCAGCCUGUCUCUCAUAGACUCAGUGUGGUAGUCCUGAAAGCUAGACACCUUCCCAAACUGGACAUCACUGGCCUGGCUGGAAACCCGUAUGUGAAAGUGAACGUGUUCUACAACCGCAAGCGCAUCGCCAAAAAGAAGACUCAUGUGAAGAAAUGCACGCUGAAUCCUGUUUUCAACGAGUCCUUCAUCUACGACGUGCCCGCUGACCUGCUGCCUGACAUCUCUAUCGAAUUUCUGGUUAUGGACUUUGACCGCACUACUAAGAACCAGGCCGUGGGGCGUCUGGUGCUGGGAACACACAGUCCCUGCCCUUCUGGUGCCACCCAUUGGCAGGAGGUGUGCCAAAACCCACGCCGGCAAAUCUCCAAGUGGCACAACCUUGUCGAGUAUUGAGGUUUCUCCUGUCUGUUAAACAAAUACACACACAAACAUACGGAUACACAAACAUAUACAGUACACAAUCAUAUACACAAACACACGAGGGAGACCUCAAGGCCCUAAGAGAGAGACGAUGAAUUAGAGCACUUCACAUGGACUUUUGAAAAACACAAUGAACUUUUGCAACAGCUAUGUAGUGAUAGUUCUCAAAUAGUCCUUUCUAAACAGUGCCGGUUUAGCCAUCAGUGACGCACACGCUCUUACACAAACGUACAUACACAUACACACUGACCAAUAGUAACUUAAGAGACCAAAAUAUUGCACACAAUGUACACCAUUUUGAGACUGUUAGAAGUACACUCUUCUGAACUUAGCAUUGAUUGUAUUUAUGUUUAAAUUAAGGUGUAACAUGUCUGCUUCCACAGACCUCACUACACUGCUGUAGUUCACUGUACCGCAUGUUUGAAUAACACAAGAUUUACUGUAAAAAAAAAAAUGCAAGAAACCAAGCAAACAGCAAUCAGUGCUGAGAAGUGACGAGAUGUAUAAUGACUUUCAAGUGACACAGUACUGUGCAAACGUUUUAGGCACAUGCAGAGAAAUGCUGUAGAGCCUUCAAAAUAAUGAAAUGAAAUGUUUCUACAUUUUAAAAAAUAAAAUAAAAUACCUUAAAGAGCAGUAAACAGUAGUAAAUGAA